AUGGUGAAUCAGUCUGAUAUCUUUAACACCUAUCCCAUUGGGAACGCACUUAACGCUGUUCGCAGAGAUAGCCGUCCCUCGUCAGACGCAAAUGAUGCCGCCUCUAGCGACGCCACCUCUGGUGCUGUCGUCGAAUCAACUCCGACGACGCCGCCUCUAACAACGCCCCCACAUUCUCGCAAUUCUAGAGCCGUUGCGAAUUCGUUGGAGCAUCGCGAUGAUAUGGACAGUUUGCUGAAAAGUGACCUUGGCGAUAUGCGUUUCGAGGUCCCUGGUUUCUGCAAUACGUAUUUCAGUCGCGUGCCAGGUCUCGACGCGGCGCAUAAGUCCCCACAAUCACCAAACCAAUAUCUGGUACUGGAAUGGUUUGCGGGCGUGGUUAAAGACUUAUCUAUAUUCGCAGAAGAGUACGAGACGACCCCGAUGGACCGACGGGUACUGGUGGCGGGGCCUGACACACCUUUAAAAGGGGGCUCUCCAGCAGACCGCAAGCUAGACGUUGGCUUCGCACGCAAUUCCGACAACGAGCUCGGAAAACUCCCAGACUGGUCACAGAUCCUUGUACCUGGAGAGCUGAAAAGCAAUCCAAUGGCCGAUGCUGAAAAAUCUACGUGGUAUGACAUGGACAGGUACGUUAGAGAAGUGCUUAUCGCUCAAGAUACACGUCGAUUUGUUUUAGGCUUCACUCUUUGUGGAUCUCGUUUCAGAGUAUGGGAGUUCGACCGGGUGGGAGGAAUAUCAUCUGAUGGGUUCGACAUCAACAAAAAUGGGGAACAGUUCGUAUACAUCAUUCUUGGGUUCCUCUGGAUGAGUAAAGAAGACCUUGGCUUCGACCCUACGGUUACUGAAAAAGAUGGCCAACGACUUAUUACAAUCACACGGAACGGCCAACCAGAACAGUUUAUUAUCGAUAAAUUGAUGCUACGGACUAGCUGUAUUGCUGAUAACAUAGCUCGUUACUACCACCACGAAACUGUGGCUAUCCGUAGUCAGGCCGACGAUGUUCACAACAAUAUUCGAGGGGGCCUGAAUAUUCAAGAUGCGAAAUCGUGGCUAAAAACAACCGUUGAUAAGCACACGGGAGAGUCCAAUACCCGCAAGAUGAAUAAUAGCAAGGCCAGCAGCAAGGCCAGCAAUGCUACCAACCGAAAGCGACCAGCUAGUCAAAUCAAUGCUCCUAUGCCGCCCAAUAAGCGACCUUGUUUCGGUUCUCAAACGAUACAUGACAGCACUGGCCCGUCAAAUCGUGAACAUCGGCGUGUUGUUCUUUGUGACUACGGGACACCAAUCUAUGAAGCUACAGGUAGCUCUCGAGCGGCCUUGCUUAAAGCCCUGGAGGGCUGCAUUCACGGACACAGUACUUCUCCGUUUUCAUUUCUAAUUGACCUCGACCUCGCUAGUAAAGAAGACCGAGAAGGCCCCUCGGGAGUAAAAGGCAGAACUGGCACAAGAGCUUUUAUGGCAAUUGGACUACUUAGGGACGAGCAGCAUAGCUAUAUGCACGAUCUCGAGUCAUUUUUCUGGGCUGGAGGUAAACCCAUCAAGGAAAGUCCGUUCGACUACUGGAACUACAGCAACGAUGUUUUUGGUCCGUUUACGUUUAAGGAGAGGGCAACAAAACAUUUCACAUCGUAUUACCAGCCAUUGAUCCCAUGUGUCGAAGCACUGCGGAAGGAGCUAUUUCCAGAUGGUGGUGACCGGCCUAGGGUCCCAGAUCCGACACUUUACGAUCGCAUGAUAACAGUCCUCCAAGAGGCCCAAAGGGAUCCUGAGGCGUUGGCGGGGGGUUAG